GUUCGAGAUCGACCUCUUUUCCAUUCCCUAGUACCACGCUACUCCCACCAUGGCCAAUCCUGCUGAAGCCGCGCAAGGCCCGAUUCUCAUAGGAAUCUUCAUCAACCUUAUUCUCUAUGGCGUUCGCUGCACGCAAGCGUUUAUUUAUUAUACGACAUUCAAGAAGGACCGCAUGUUUAUACAACUCUUCGUCGGGUUUCUUCUCAUCGCGGAUACGGUAAAGGUAGUCUUUGACAUGGUUUACAUUUACGACAACCUGGUCAUCCACUUCGGAGAUGCCAGCUACAUAGCUGCAGCAAACUGGCUGUUUAACACAGAUCCCGCAUUGAACGGAAUCAUCGGAGCUACGGUUCAAGCGUUUUUUGCGUGGAGAGUCAAGAACCUCACGCGCAAUAACUGGGCAUUCGGCGUCAUUGUCUUCUUUCUCGUGUCGGAAGGACUGUGCGGUGUCGGGACGGCCAUCGCAUGUCAGAUUGUGCCCGAGUUUCAAAACUUCCAGAGGUUCGAGGUUAUUGUCAUUCUGUGGCUAGCGAGCGCGGCGAUCUGCGACUGCGUCGUUACUGCUUCUUUGGUGUAUCAUCUACAAACCCACAAACAAGGCUUCAGGAGAUCAGACACCAUAAUCGACAAGAUCAUUGCCCUUACCGUACAGACCGGUAUGAUAACGGCAGUCUGGGCCACGGUAGACUUGAUUCUCUUCCUUACUAGCACCGACGGAUACCAUCUGAUCUUCAACUACAACCUGGCCAACCUGUACUCGAACUGUAUCAUGUCUACGCUCAACGCUCGUAUGUACUUCAGGGAGGCAGCUGAGAGUGGCAAGCCGUCUUGGAAUGAUCGUUCUCAGGACAGGUCUACGCCCCACAACAUAGAACUGAUGAACCAUCAAGGUAGCAACCAGCGACCUCCCUGUGUUUUCGUAGAAGUCGAGUCCCAGCGAGUUAUCGAGACUACGAAGGGGACCAGUUUGGAUGGCGAGAUAGAGCUGGAAACCUCGGGCAGCGAUAAGACGUAUGGCUGGAGUAAGUAAACGCCGCACUUUGAUGCUGAUGAAUAUGUUUGUAAAAGGUACUGGUCUACGGAACGAGCCUCCCCAUCAAAAGUAUGAGUGCUGGGUGUGCCGCGUUCGCUGCGUUCGUUUCACGUUU